AUGGGCCCACCGGGGCUUUUGGACCAAGUUGGACUGGUUUGGACUGCUUCUGGGCUGGUUUGGUGCGUAGUUAGCCAAGCUUGCGUGGACUGGAUCGGUGCUGGUCGGGUCUGGCAUGCUGUCGCCGGGGCUGCACGGGUCUACUUUGCUGGGGCGUCGAGAUUUUGUGCGCGGAGAGACCUAGGUAGCCUGAGUCCUCGGGCACAGACGCUGGGACGCUGCAUCGUGCGAGACGUGUCUUGCUGGGCACGUGGGUCGCUCGUGAAACACGCAGGUCUCAUGAGGAAGGCGCGGGUCGCGCACUGGGGUAUUGCAGAAGACUCGGAUCGUACGCUGUUUGCACGGCUGCGAGCUGUGCGCGAUCUGUCUGAGUGUUCGUGCAUGGUCGUGCGCGGGCGGUGCUUGGGCAGCGCGUGGGGCUCCAGCACCGUCGCGUACGGCUGUGACUGGUGGUCGUGGAUACACCGGUGGAUGCGCCUUUCUCUGUGGAAUUCGAAAUCCAAAUCCGUAGAAAGUGGUGGGUCAUGUACUGAAAAGGGGCUUAGGAAAAACCCUCUGGCCUGGAGCGAGAAUGGCGAGUGGAUCAUAAGUUGCUUUCCUCUGGACAAAGGCUUCCCAUCUCGGCCCGAAAUGGGCCCGCCAUUCCUCCUGCGUGGUGAAAUACGGCAAAUAUUGCUUCACUCCCAACCGACUCUCCUCGGAGAACUUCAAUAUCCUAUUGUUGAGCUCCACCAAAUACUGUAA